AUGUGUUCUGGUGGAGAAGGGAAACAAUGGAGUUGUGGAAAAGCAGGUGUAGUGAGUUUGCAGAAAGUAGGAUCUUUGGUUCGAGAUUUGAGCGAGCCUUGUCUUUCACAAUCACCCAUUCAGGUUGUUAUAACUAUCGGCAAAAUGCUUAAGCCAGAGAAGUGGCAGGCGUCUUUUGAUAGCGAAGGAAGAGUUUCUGGUUUCCAAAAGGCGCUCAAGUUAAUUAUUUUGGGGGGAAUCGAUCCGUCUAUUAGAGCUGAAGUUUGGGAAUUUCUUCUUGGAUGUUAUGCAUUGAGCAGCACCUCUGAGUACCGUAAGCAACUCAGGAUAGCUCGAAGGAAGCGGUACAAUGAAUUGCUCAAGCAAUGCCAGACGAUGCAUUCAAGUGUGGGAACAGGUUCACUUGCUUAUGUUGUGGGGUCUAAAGUUAUGGAUAUGCGGAAAUCUUAUAGAGAUGAGGUGGUAAAGGUUGCUGCUACAGAUGAAAACAGAGAAGAAGCUUGUAUAGAUGAUAAUAAUAAUGCGAAUACUGAAAAUCAUCACAGUGAUUGGAGUAAUAAUGGUACUGAUACAUCUCAUGUACACAGAAGGGGAAGUUCUAGUGAGUCUGUUGAUUUAGUCAGCGGAAGAGAAAGUCCGGAGAGUGUAGUAUACAACACUUCCUCUUUUGUAUCAGCUUCUAGUCCAUAUGGCUAUGCUUCCCCAGACGGUUAUUUUGACUUUCCUUCGCUACCGGUCACAGAUUUGUUUGGGAGAAAUAGUUUAGAUAAGAUAGAGGUUUCUACUCCAGACGAGGAUGCUUCAUUGCAAAAUGACUUAAGAUCUGAGGAUGAGAGAAUGCACAAUUUCCGAAUUAAUAAGAAUGCUGAUUUAGUUAGAGAACAAAAGAGGUCCACUUCAGAGAUCGAAGUGAUGCAUUCAGAUUCUGUUGGACCAUCGUCUCAGUCAGGUCGCAAUACAGAGAUAGAUGAUGGUUUGAGAAUAUCAGAUGUUCCUGAAAUGGCAUCAAUAAAGGAAACUCCAUCUCGUGUUGGGAAUGCAACAGAGGAUCGAGUGUCUGAAUGGCUUUGGACAUUGCAUCGAAUAGUUGUUGAUGUGGUAAGGACGGAUAGCCACCUUGAGUUCUACGAGGAUCCAGGAAAUCUAGGAAGAAUGUCGGAUAUCCUUGCGGUUUAUGCUUGGGUCGAUCCUGCAACUGGUUAUUGCCAAGGCAUGAGUGAUUUAGUCUCUCCUUUUGUGGUUCUUUUUGAAGAUAACGCCGAUGCCUUUUGGUGCUUUGAAAUGCUCAUAAGAAGAACGCGUGCGAAUUUCCAGAUGGAGGGACCAACUGGGGUGAUGGAUCAAUUGCAGUCACUGUGGCAUAUAUUGCAACUCACAGAUAAAGAUAUAUUUUCUCACUUAUCGCGUAUUGGUGCUGAAAGUCUUCAUUUUGCCUUCCGGAUGCUUUUAGUUCUGUUCCGACGGGAAUUGUCUUUUAACGAAGCUCUCAGAAUGUGGGAGAUGAUGUGGGCAGCUGAUUAUGAUGAAUCUGUUUCUGAAACUUUGGAGAGUGGUUGCCUGGAGCCUUUGGUGAUUCAGCUUCCAAGAAAAUCUGAAGCUGAGGUGCGUGAAGAAACAAAUGAUGAUGGAAAUGGUAAUACUACAAAGAGGGAACCAACUUCAAAGAGCGGGCCAAUUUCAAAGAGCAGCGGUUUGUUGUCAAUGAGCGGUUUGCUGCCAAAGAGUGGUCCGUUGCCAAAGACUACUGGUCCAUUCCCUGAUGAGAGUGGGAUAAAGCCGGCAUCAUCCACUUAUCACUUCUGUGGUUUGACAAGAAGCUUUUGGUCGAGGAACGAUAGAACAACACAUGUCCCUUGCGUAGUUUCUUCUGUUAGGAAAGGAGAAGAUGCUCUUCCUGUCUUUUGUGUUGCGGCAAUUCUAAUCAUGAAUCGACAUAAGAUCAUAAAAGAAACUCACUCGAUCGAUGACAUGAUACAGAUUUUCAAUGAUAAGGUGCUUGUAUUUCGCGUGAGAAGAUGCAUACGCACAGCCAUGAAACUUCGUAGGAAAUACAUGUACAAGAGUCAGGUAAUCAAGACGAAGAGCCAGAAUCAUAACCAGGUUCAAAUCCAGCAUCAAACUCAUAUGGAGAGCCAGAGACAGGAGGAGAUUCAAGGCCAUGGUGAGAACCAGAGCCAAGCACCAAGUUUACGUCAUAGUCCUGCUUCUCAGAAUGGUGACUAG